AUGAAGCAAUACUACAUCCUCUUUGGCAUUCACAGCGAAGCUAAGAUGGCCAAGUAUCUCUGGGCCAUUGCUCACACUGGAGCACCUGUCUACUAUGUGUGGCAGCAUGACCAAAGCUCAAACCACAUCUAUGAGAAGACCUUUGGCGUGGCUCUGCAGGCAGAGGGAGCAGAGUGGCCUCAUCAGUACCUCAUGGAGGCUAAAUGCCAUCUGCUGUCAAUGGAGGCCAUUGGCAAGGUGGUUGAUGAUGACACCAAUGGCAGCUACUUUAUGGUGUUGGCACUGAUGGGCUGCCCCUACUCUGAAGCUGCGGUGCAGCACCUUGUGGGUCUUGGAUGUAAAAUGCAAGGCAGCGAGCCUGAGUUCAGCAAUGCCAAGAAGCAGUAUGCUGACCUCACCAAUGGGGAUGCCCUGCCCAGUUGGCCCCAGAUCUUCCACUUCACACCAGGCAUCAUUGGUCAGCAGCAGGAAGUGACCGUGUGUCACAUUGGCAGCCCAUUGGACACUCCAUCUGUCAUCAUGACAAGAAGCUUGUUGCUGUUGCCAAACACUGAGGUGUCAAGACAGCUGACCAUUGGCGUCGGGGUCACCCAAUAA